CCUCAUUUCCAGUGACAUUUGCUGCUAGAAUUAAUCCAGGUCAACAAAGGAUGCACUGUUCAGGUGACCUUUAACCUUUCGGCUAGCGCGCGUCUGGACACAGAUUUCAGUGGGAAUCCACGAUAUUUUACUACGUGGCACUUGGACUACAUCUGCCGUCCAACUGUGUACAGAGUGGGAGGCUGUCUGGAUGCGGCUGCUGGAUUUAUCGUGAGGUUUGAGAGAGAUCUGAGGCUACGGGCAGACAGAAGACGGCAUCAUGCCUAUCCUGGCGGCCAUGGCGAUCUCUCCCCGGAAGAUUUUCCUGUUCCUGGUGUUUGGUGGGGCCAUCGCUCUGCUGCUGGCCUUCCAUAAACCCAGCAGGAAGAAACUUAUGCAGGCACCAAAACUUGUCUUUGAUAGCAGGAAUGCAGGAGAGUUGAAGCCCCCAUCAGGUUUUGAUGCUGCUGCUGACACCAUCCCUGUGGUCAUCAGUACUGAUGAAGGCCGGCUGAUGGGAGCUGUGGCAGCCAUCAACAGUAUCGCAACCAACGCCAAAUCUCCUGUCAAAUUCUACCUCAUCACAGACCAGGACGCUAAAGACCAUCUGGAACAGUGGAUCAUGAAGACGAGACUUCACAGUAUCAACCAUGAGAUUAUCGUGUUUAACGAGGACUGGGUGAAGGGGAAGAUCAAUGUGAGAGGAGGACGACAGGAGCUCGCUAGUCCUAUCAACUAUGCCAGAUUUUACCUUCCAAAGCUGCUGCCUCCUGACUUCAAUGGAAAGGUUAUAUAUUUGGAUGAUGAUGUCAUAGUUCAAGGUGACAUCACACAGCUGUAUAACACCAAGGUGGAUGAAACAUUGGUCAUGGCCUUCUCUGAAGACUGUAACACUGUGUCCAACAGAUUUGGCCUCUUCAUGAACACAUAUGCCAACUACAUCAACUUUGGGAAUGAGAACGUGAAGAAACUUGGGAUGAAGCCGGGGACUUGUUCCUUCAACACAGGAGUUUUUGUUGCCAACAUGACGGAGUGGAAGAACCAGAAAAUCACAGACAAGCUGGAGUUUUGGACAGCACUUAAUACCGAGGAGAAUGUGUAUGGUGCCCAGCAGGGAGGUGGGGGUUCCCAGCCCCCCAUGAUGAUCGUGUUCUACAACCAGUACUCCAAAAUAGACCCCAUGUGGCACAUCAGACAUCUAGGUUGGACAGCAGGAACAAGAUAUUCCAGACAGUUCAUCAUGGAGGCAAAACUCCUCCACUGGAACGGGCGCUUCAAACCCUGGGGCCGCACCUCGCAGCACAUGGACGCCUGGGAACGGUACUACAUUCCAGACCCGACAGGGAAAUCCCAACUCACCAGGAAAUUCCGAAUGUUUUAACUGAAGACAAGGUCUCCAUAUCAGUAAUAUAUAAGCCACAACAUUCAUGGACGUAGACAAAGCUAGUAGAGUAUUGGCCUUAGAUUUAAAGGUAUACAUGUACGUCAAGACAUGAAACAUGUCUUUUAAAAAUAGAAAAUCUCUAAGCCAAACUUAUCUCCUAUUGUAAGGCCACACCAAUUUAAUUUG